ACAGUUGUUAGCGUUUUAUUGCGCAUUAAUAUUAAAAUAGUUUCUGACCGCUAAUCUAAGCGAAGUCAUAACACAAACAAAACGGACUCGUCAUGAAACCGGCUGCAGACUAAACACGAAAUGCUCCGCGAGCUAUAAAUCUCGGUCGACAUGAAAUCAUAAACGAAAACAAUGUCUUUAAAUGCUAAUUAUAGUGAUCGUGUGGCAACACUCUCACCAUCUGGGCGGGAGACCGAAAUAACCGGCGCGGGGGGACCAGUUGUCGCGGCGACGGUGCCGUGAGGAGACGCUAUGGCGUCCGUCGCCGCCUGGCUGCCCUUCGCCAGAGCAGCAGCCAUCGGGUGGGUCCCCAUCGCGACCCAUCCACUUCCGCCGCCGCCCGUGCCCAAGGACCGCCGCCGUGCCGAGGACGAGAAGCUCCUCAUCAACGUCUCCGGACGACGCUUUGAGACUUGGCGGAACACUCUCGAGAAGUACCCGGACUCGCUGCUUGGUUCCUCAGAACGCGAAUUCUUUUACGACGAAGACAGCCGAGAGUACUUUUUUGACAGAGACCCGGACAUAUUCAGGCAUAUUCUGAAUUAUUACCGCACUGGUAAACUCCACUACCCCAAACACGAGUGCCUCACGGGCUACGAUGAGGAACUCGCGUUCUUCGGCAUCCUUCCCGAUGUCAUCGGUGACUGUUGUUACGAAGACUACAGAGACAGGAAGAGAGAAAAUGCCGAACGUCUUAUGGAUGACAAGCUUAGUGAAGCAGGCGACCAGAGUCUGCCUCAGCUCACGGACUUACGACAAAAAAUGUGGAGGGCCUUCGAGAACCCCCACACGUCAACGGCUGCCCUCGUGUUUUACUAUGUGACUGGAUUUUUCAUUGCCGUCUCCGUGAUGGCUAACGUAGUGGAGACGGUACCGUGCGGACACCGACCUGGCCGGGCCGGGACCCUGCCGUGCGGCGAACGCUACAAGAUAGUGUUCUUCUGCCUGGACACGGCGUGCGUGAUGAUCUUCACGGCGGAGUACCUGCUGCGACUGUUCGCGGCCCCGGACCGCUGCAAGUUCGUUCGCUCGGUGAUGUCCAUCAUCGACGUGGUCGCGAUCCUGCCGUACUACAUCGGCCUGGGUAUCACUGACAACGACGACGUCUCGGGUGCGUUUGUCACCCUCAGAGUGUUCCGAGUGUUUCGGAUCUUCAAGUUCUCGCGGCACUCCCAAGGACUAAGGAUCCUGGGCUACACGCUCAAGUCGUGCGCCAGCGAGCUCGGCUUCCUGGUGUUCUCGCUCGCGAUGGCCAUCAUUAUAUUCGCGACAGUGAUGUUCUACGCGGAGAAGAACGAGCAGGACACAAACUUCACGUCGAUUCCGGCCGCCUUCUGGUACACCAUCGUCACGAUGACCACGCUCGGUUACGGCGACAUGGUCCCGGGCACCAUCGCGGGCAAGAUCGUGGGUGGAGUAUGCUCGCUGUCCGGAGUGCUGGUCAUUGCUCUACCGGUACCGGUUAUCGUCUCCAACUUCUCCAGGAUCUAUCACCAAAACCAACGCGCUGAUAAAAGAAAGGCACAACGAAAAGCCCGUCUUGCCCGCAUCCGCAUUGCCAAGGCAUCUUCAGGCGCUGCCUUCGUGUCCAAGAAGAAAGCUGCCGAAGCUCGUCUUGCAGCCCAGGAGUCAGGCGUGGAGCUUGAUGAUGCCGGCAGGGAUGAGGAUAUUUUCGAAUUGCAACAUCACCAUCUUUUGCGAUGCUUGGAGAGGACUACGGAUCGGGAGUUCGUGGAGAUAGAGAACCCUUACAACGGAGCUGCGAAGAGGCCGGGCUCGCCCUCGCCCCUCGCGUCACCCGCCCACUCGUCCCGCGCGCCCGCCCUGCUGGCCUGCUGCGCGCGGUGCGGCUGCUGCCCACAGAAGUACCAGGUCCUGAUAUUAGAGUCAAGUAGGAAGGGCCGGAAGGCGCGGCGGUACACCGCUACGUCGCGGCCCUCGGACACGUCGGUGUCGGCCGCCGCGAGCGAGGACCCGCUACCACAAGCAUGCGGUAAAUACAUUCCUGCGGGCAGCACGGUGCAAGGAAACCAGACAGGGGUUGCGAUGGACGGGACCUACCUCGUCGAGGCAUCCUUCUAGGAGCAGACCCACGCUUCCCAGUGUGUGGAGAGCUGUGUGUGACCCCAGAGACCACGAGUGUACGCACCCUAACGUGCUGUUACUAAGCUGUUCCACGAAUUAACGACAAUUACUAGUUAUUAAUCAAUUUAAUUAAUCUAAUAAGCGUAACGCGAUACUGCCCAAUCCAAGUCCAAGUGUCAUUAGUUAUGGACGAUGGUAGUGGAGUGGUGAAAUCGGAAUAGACCUCACUGUUGUUCCAAAGUAUUUAAUCGGAUCCGUUCAGUGGUAUUCCAUCUUAUGAAAUCGAAUUGUGGUUCCGUGCUAUGAGGGGGGGGAGGGAGGAGGUUGAGGCUGAAGUCGUUGUUCAUUGUCAUUAUAAACAAAUAAUUGAAAUCGACUUCGUUCGUCUCAUAAGAUGGAAUGGAACUCGGCCAAUCCAAACUAUAUUGUAAUGGGAUUGACCUCAGUGAUUCCAAUCCUUUUUUAAAUAGAUAGAUUCUUGUUGCUUCCAUUCCAAAUGUAUCGGUGUCCUGUAUUGUUAAUAAUAUCCGCGUGGAAUGGAAAUGUCACGGUCGAUGGCCGUGCAGAGGACAGCAUGUCCUUUGUAAGGAUGAUGCGGAGUUUACGAGAGGAAGUGUUCUACCUGUAUAUGUGCCGUGCAAUUAAUUUUACGUCUCCUCUUCUAAUAGAGAAUACAUUUGAAGUGUAGUUUAAGCCGUAAACAGUAUUAAAUAAGGUUUUAUUGUAAAUUACUCUGAUAUGGACUUUAAAAAAUUUUGGCGGUUACAUUAUAAUUGGAAUUAUCUUCAUUGUUCUGAUGCUGAGCGAGGCACGGCCGGCGCGGACCAUUGCGGCAGACCCACGGCGUCAGACAACAUCUAAAAUAGUAGGGAAAAACUAUCACGUUAAAUUUAUUGAAACUCGAUUGUGAAAUUUGAUACGUCGAGUGUUUUAAAAUUAUGAUUAUUGUGGGAGCUUUAGGAAAGACAUGUAGAUUCAAACUCUUCAACGUAGUCAAUAGUUCGUUACUCAAAUCAUAUCAAUGUUUAGAUCGAUGUAGGAAAGUUGUUUCCGUGUUCUUGACGUACGUUGAUUAAAGCUCUGAAUGUUAACAUUUUAAUAGGAAUAUUGUCCUUUUUAUUUGUGAUUUUAGUGUAGUAAUAAAUAUAACGGUGGAACUUGCGAUCAUGAGGCUUUUGCGUUUAUCAAAUUUACGCAAAUUUUUAAUGGACUAAGUGUUGCCAGCGUCGGGAAAAUACGGGAAACACGACAAAUGUCGUUGUUACGUGUGAAGAAUUGAUUAUUGAACUUGCAAGGCACCGUGAUGAAUAUUAACAUGCUAACUGCAACGGUGACUUUCCGUUUCGGAAUUUUAAGAUCUAACUUAAGAUCUGUUUAUAAAAUCGAAGUGUUGUGGGGAAUUGCCCGAUGCCAGUUGACAUGUCAACAGUGUGCUGAAGUGAUUGAAUGUAGGUAGUACUCGUUGAUAUCGAAAUGGGAGACGUUAUGUUCGUUUAACCACUAGGACUCUAGUGCCUUCGAGGUCUGGUUCACGAACGUAGCUCUGUGCUAGUCAGGUAGUCAGGUAGUCAGGUAGUCAGGAGUAAGAUAGUGUCGACAGAAUGUAGUGUUUAAACUCCACAAUCUCUAGACUUAUUAACGACUCGUUAAAUUUCUUAGUUUAGAAAAAAAAGAUAGUAAUAAUUAUUAAGUUCAUUUCUGAAAUAUUAAAAUGACAGAUUGUUCGAGUUUAAUUGCGGCAGUAAAUUGUGGAAUUGACUUUAAUUAAACUUAGCGCUCAAGUUACCGGCAGGCAUUUAAUAAUCGCACUGGCCAUGGAAAAGCUCGAUAGACGUAAAACUUACAUUAUCCGUAAUACUAUAAUUAUUUAGCAAAUUCAUAAAAUCACAUUAAAUUUAAAUUCAAAUUAAAUUUUAACAAGAAAUAAAACCGAGCCCUCAAUUUUGAGGGCGUCGUGGCCCGAAAUAAGACGCCCGGUACAUCCGUCUCGAGUGACGCGACCGUGUAGGCGUUCGACUCCCGCCGGCAGGUACUAGUCUUGCUUAUACGUUUUACGAACGUAUAGGCAUACGUAACUACGAAUAUUUUUUUUUUUUUUUUUUUAUUGCCUUUGUAGGCAGACGGGCAUACGGCCCACCUGAUGGUGAGUGGUUACCGUCGCCCAUGGACUUCAGCAAUGCCAGGGGCAGAGCCAAGCCGCUGCCUACCGCUUAAUACUCUCCACAAGCCUCGUUUGAAGAAGGACAUGUCAUAGCGCUCGGGAAACACCGAGGAGGGGAGCUCAUUCCAUAGCCGGAUGGUACGUGGCAAAAAAGAUCUCUGGAAACGCACUGUGGAUGACCGCAGCGGCUCCAGGUAGUAUGGAUGAACUCUACUCCGGUGGCGGGCGGUGCGAUGGUAAAAACGAGAUGUUGGUAUCAUCUCGAACAAUUCCUCAGAGCACUCCCCAUGGAACAUACGGUAUAAAAUACAGAGGGAACCGAAGUCCCUCCGCAGACCCAGAGGCUCUGAGGCAGAGAGAAUAUGCUCUUAACACACAUUCAGGAAUGACUUUCACAGUGAAAGAAUAAUAUCGUGUAAUAAAAAUGAAACCCGCAAUAAUUAUAACCAUGUAAUGACUGGUAGGUACCAUCACAACAACCACCUUGACUACUUCUGCCCUGAGAGGGUAAUGCUUUCCGUCUAGGGACGCCAACCACUCUACUAUACAAUUGAGAUUUAGGUUGAUGACACCGCGAGUUUGAUCUUUCAUCCAUAUCCAACUAAAAAAACAAUUCUUAAAACCCAUAAUUGUAAGGUAGAUAGACAAGACAACACAGGAAUUUUGUUUUCUGGAUUAAAUAGCCACUAUCAUAUUACGAUUACUGUUAGGUCUUGUGUCGGUUUAAAUAAGUGAGUUAUUUUCAAUGCUUAGUGACAACAAAGAAAAAUAAUUACCAGUAAGUUCGCAUGAAAAUGUUACCUUCACGAUAAAUAGUGUAAUAAGCGUAUAUCACAAUUAUAUUCAUUGUUAUGGAUGAAAUUCUUCAGGAAAUGUUCUAAACUAAAGAAAUUUAACGUAGUCGGAUAUUGGGUGAGUCCCCGAGCCUACGGUGUCUAGUAGCGACUCCUAGUUGUUCUAGUUAACGAAAAACUCUUAUGAAUGCGAUGAAAGAAGAUGAGUUGAGUUUGCAGCCUGCCUCGGUACCUUGCUAUGUGGUUUUGUUUUAACAACAAUCACUUCUUUGAUGUCUAUUUCAAAAUAAUCCGCCGCUGAAUGUAGGCUGAACUCCACAGCGGUUUCCACACGGAUAGAAUGCCUCCAUAACUUGUUGUCAAAUGCAUUUAAGUAAUAGCCGUCACAAAAUUUUAGAUCUUAUUAUAAAAAAGUAUCUGCGACUGAAUGUGAAAAAGCGGCUUUCAUCUAUUGUAAGCUAGAGAGGAGUUGACCAGAUGUCUGAUUCUAUCUGUUUUUAGGCAAGAGACAUGAUGCAAACUCAACAAUUUACGAAUCUUACUGUAAUCUAGAAUAAUGUCUAUUAAUCAGUUAGAUAUUUUAUUUGAAUAUAUAGACGUAAGUGUAAGCAUAGUUUAAAAUAAUUUAAAAUUUUAUGUGCAUCGAAUGCAUGAAGUUUUAUUGAAAAUAAAUUAAUAAUUAAAACAAUUUUAAUAAAACGUAAGUUUCUUUACGACCAAAUUCGAUGAAAAUAUGAUUCUUCCAAAAUAUUGCCACAAUAUGUACUAACUUUAGUGAAAAUAUGUUUUAAACUGGUAACAUUGGUGUUACAGAAAUGAAGAAGUAAUUUGUCUAUUGGUCGCGCGGCGAGGGCUGCCGUAAAGUCAGAGUUCUGUAGUCGUAUCCGAUUGUAUUGAAUCAACAUUUUUAAAAUGUUUUACGUAGCUCGAAAUCUUUUGGUGUUAUCAAUUUUAACGGAUUUUAGUAAAAAAUAUUUGUAAGCAUUUCGUCAAAUCGACAUGAUACUUACCUACCUUUGGUCUUUUAUGUGGGUAUUGUAAAUUACAUGAAUAGACGUGUUUUCAUUUUGGUGGUAUGUAUACUUUAUUUAUUACUAUUUGAUUUAUGUACACAGCCUUACAAUAGAAAAAUGUUUUGUUUGUUAGAGCGAUUAAGAGCAACAAAAUACUUUUUCUGAAAUAAUCUGGUUGUAAAAUAAUUUGAAAAAACUAAUAAUUGUUUUGAGUUACCAAUUCUUUUGGAUACCAGCAGCAUUUGGACCACAAAGGCAAUUUCAAUUCAUUUCAAUUGUGUAACUAUACUUAGGUAUUUAUGUAAUUAUAUGAUUUUGUUUUAGCAAUAACUUAUUUUUAUGGAAAAAUUACUAUUUUAUUUAUUUAUGAUGAGCGAGUGUCGCGUGAGUGCGCGAGUCCUCACCCGUAGGUAGCGCUAUGUGUCCGUAUUCCUGUGAUUCUAAUGGCUGUAUUACUGUUUAAUUGUGUUUUAUCGAAGCUUCUCGUACGUGAAGCUCUGAUUUGUUGAUUGAGUAGAAAUUAAAUUUUAAAACUUUCAAUGGAAGGUAUAAUUUACAGAUUCCGUGGUCACUUUGAAUGAAAUGUGAUUGUCACGUGUGUCAGAGCGUGCCCCCGCGUGCGCCACCCGAUAUAAUAAUUGUCAAGCUAAUGUGGAACAUGAGCACGAUGUACAGUUGACUUUGUCUGCGGGCAUUGAACGGAGCAGACGUGCUCACAGCCCUCCUAGUGCUAAGCGGUUACUGGAGACCAUAAAUGAAUGCUGUCGCCGUCCAAGUCUCGAUUGUAUUAGAAUAAUGGUGAUCCCAGUUUUAAAAGUGUGUUUUCUUCUCGGAGACAGGCAGUAGGACCAGGAGACGGGUCAAGUACAAGAUAAGAUGGGGUAGGCAGUUAGCUAAGGAAGGGAUGACCAGGAACAUAAAUUGGACAUCGUCUGGGAAGUGAUAAUGAAACCUUAAAAAGGAUUGUAGACUAGAGUAUACUACGGUGAACGUUAAAGGUGAACAAGCCCACACUGGUCCUAUCUGAGCCGCUGGACCACAGACGCAUCGUCCACUCGUCUGGGUGGAUGAGCUCACAGUCCACCUGGUGUUAAGUGGUUGCUGGAGCCCAUACACAUCUACAACGCAAAUGCGCCACCCAUCUUGAGAUAUUAGUUCUAAGGUCUCAGUAUAGUUACAACAACUGCCCCACCCUUCAAACCGAAAUGCAUUACUGCCUCACGAUAGAAAUAGGCAGGGUGGUGGUACCCGUGCGGACUCACACGAGGUCCUAUCUCCGGGUGGGAGAACAGCACCAGCGUGCGAAUUAUCAAACUGUCCAAUUAAUUGUGUUGUUCUUAGAGCUCGUGAGGCGUAGACAUAACUGAAACUACUUUACAGUUACAGUUGGUAUCUCGUGUACAGCCGCACGCACGGCUCCGUGACCACGAAAACUGUAAAUCAAUCGAAACCAAAUGAAAAUAACAAUUGCCAGUUUAAUCUAAGACUCCAGUGUGAUUAGUGCGAGUUUUGUAACGCCAUCGAUAGCGUAAAAGUUAACUCAAAUUUGUAUGCAGUUGGACAGCGCCCCUAGCGGCAAACGUAGGCAAACGUUUCAACUGCGUAUGAGUUAACUAUUACGCUAUAGAGAACGUUACUUUCUUUUUCCUACCUAUGCUGAUAGCCUUCAGAGGCUAUUUCAGCUUCACCCUAGCGUUAGUAGGUGAGCUCACGGGGCUCAAACUGGAGAGUUGCUAACACUGGCCCUAGCAAGAGCAGUGCUUCGCAGAAUCUACCACCGGAUCGGAAACGCGACCCACUGAGAAGAUCCGGCGAGAAACUCAGUGGGCUGUGUCUAUUUUAAUUCGCUCGUGGAGCUCUGCGUCGCAAGCGACGGGUUCGACGAGGACGGGGACCGGCGCUUGUGGUGCCUAAAAACACCGUUAAUGGAUCGGGAGGGUCCGUAAUGACGUGUUGGGCAGAACUUUACAAAACUCGCAUUAAGCACACAGUUCUUAUUUCGCGGCGGCGCCACACCGGGCCGGGGGGCGUGGCCGUCGCACGGACUGGACCCAUAUGAGAACGGCCUAUAGCUGUAAGUUAAUGUGAAUUCUAAAUAUACCUUGUUAAGUUAACUUGUAUUUUCAAAUUUAAUUUUAUCGUGAAAUGAAAAUGUUGAAUAUGUACUCGUCGUCUAUUUUAAAUUUUAUAUUGUCCUGUUCAACAUGAUGAGUGGUGCGAGCGAUGGAAGCCGGGCGAGUGCUGAUGUUGUAUUAAAUUAAUUAACUGUAAUUAAAUUAUUUUAAAAUGUUUUAAUAGUAAGUAUAAACACUUGGAUGUAUAAAAUCUUAAAAGAAAUAUAUUUUUAUUUGAACGUAUUAAAUUUUAAAUAAUUUUAAAUCUUUCUGAGGUGCAAAUGCUCAAUAUUAAAGUUUGUACGAAAUGUUGAUUUUUACAUUUUAACAUAAACUAUCAAACAGAACAGUGCUCCUAAGACUGUUUAGUGUUUAUUCGCGGCCCAGUGGUCGAGGUUCGAGACCGGGCGUGUACAGAAACAAAGGAACUGAGCUUAAUAUUGCCGGCAGACAAUUUACCAUUAAAUAGACGGUGUACACGUCUAGAAAAUUAGUGUUGUGACUGUCGAACGUAUAUCGUCGGACCAAUCCGAAGAUUGUCUUAUCAAGUGUAUCUGACCUUUAGUGUUGUAUUGACAUUUUUAAUUUUAAUCUAUCGACUGUCGACGCAAAUAUCGAUGGCAUUCGAAGCCCCUUGGUUAUGAACCUAUAGCUUAACUCUUUGUUAUUUGAAUGAAAAUAAACAUUAUUAUUGUAAAUAUUA